CGUCCGCUCCCUCUCUCUCUUCCUUUCUCUCCUCGCUGUCGACCUCUAUUCUCCGCUGUUGUCUCUCUCUCUCUUCUCUCUCACACUCACACACCCCAAAUCCAAACCCUAAUUACAUGUUAGGUCUUCAAACUUGUAUCGAUUAUCUGCGCUGAAAGUUUCUGUGCCCCAAUUCUCCCGGGAAAGCUUCGAUUCGAUUUUGCUUUUUGCUUGACGAGAAUCGGAGGUAGGCGGAGCUGAGAUUUCAAAAAUGGCGGCAUCUACGAGCAGUGUCUACGUCAAUGUUAUUGAGGAUGUCAUCAACAAGGUCCGCGAGGAGUUCAUGAACAACGGCCCCGGGGAAGACGUUCUGAAGGAGCUUCAAGGAACAUGGGAAGCGAAAACUAUGCAGGCUGGUGUAGUAAAUAAUCCUAUAGAGAGGUCGGCAGCAAAGGGAACACCUGGCAGUGGUGUUACUCCAGUUCACGAUCUCAAUGUACCGUAUGAAGGGACUGAGGAGUACGAAACUCCCACUGCUGAGAUACUCUUUCCUCCAACGCCGUUGCAAACCCCAAUUCCUGCAACCCCAAUUCAAACGCCUCUACCUGGAACUGGGGACAACUUGUAUAACAUCCCUACUGGAGGUAGUGACUAUUCUGCAAACGAGUCUGGUAGCAGCAAUGGUGGUGUCAAUGCAGAGACGAAAGGUGGAAGACCUAGCCCCUACAUGCAACCCCCUUCUACUUGGAUGAACCACCGCCCCCCUCUUGAUGUUAAUAUUGCUUACGUGGAAGGGCGGGAUGAGGUGGAUAGAGGGGCCUCUCAUCAACCCCCAACACAGGACUUUCUCCAGAUGAAUUCUGGAAAGCGAAAGCGUGAAGAUUUUCCUGCACAGUAUCAAGCUGGUGGUUUUAUACCCCAGCAAGAUGGAGCUGGAGAUGCUGCACCUGAGAAGUUUGAGAUUGAGGUCAGUGGAGGGAGCACUUCUAUUGCCAGUCGUGCAUGGAGUGAGAUGUUAACUCGUGUACGAAGUUCAACUCCCAAGAUUCCUCAACUUGAUGGGCCAAUUCCUGAUCCUUAUGAUGAGCUUUCUACUCCCAAUAUAUACAAUUAUCAAGGAACUUUCAAUGAAGACUACAAUGUUGCCAGCACACCUGCUCCCCAUGAUAUACCAGUGAGCACUCCAGCUCCGGUUGUUCAAAAUGAUGUGGGAGAUGAUGAUGAUGAUGAGCCCCCUUUGAAUGAAAAUGAUGAUGAUGAGUUGGAUGAUGUGGACCAAGGAGAUGAACUUAACACAGCACAUUUGGUUUUGGCCCAGUUUGAUAAGGUAACGCGCACCAAGAGCAAGUGGAAGUGCACAUUGAAGGACGGCAUUAUGCACAUAAACAACAAGGAUGUUCUCUUCAAUAAGGCGAACGGAGAAUUUGACUUCUGAUUUUCUUGGAGAAAGCCUAUUUUGCCAAUUAGCGGCAGGUUGCCCUAGCGGAGCAGAGUCCGAGAUGAUAUCACCAGGUGUUUCCUAAUUUUCUUUAUGAAUUGUUAUUAAGAGAGAGCUUGAGGGGAAGAGAAAGACAGUGCUAGAUAACUUGUUUUUAAAGAUUGGGAUGGACGUUGGCCUUUUGUACAUACAGGAGGAGCUUUUCUGGCCUUUUAAAAAUGGGAUUGGCUACCAAGGCGUUUACUAUUUCGUAGAUGGAAUGCAACUCCAUUAACUCUGGAUUUAUUGGUCAACGAUGCAAUUCGAUUAUUGUCUUUAUGAAAAACUCUUCCUAGUUACGGUAA